AUGCCGAUUAUGAAACGCCAAAAAAAGAAACCCGUCGCCUGCCAGCGAUGCCAUAUCCACAAGGUCAAAUGCUCGGGCGAACGGCCCUGUGCCAAAUGCCGGCUAGCCGGGUGUGAGAAUGAGUGUUUAUAUGCCGUUCGUGAUCGAAAGAUCAAGGUUAACGAGAGUUAUCUGGACCAACUCCUGGCCGAAAAUGAACGCCUCAAAGCAGGAGUGUCCCAAGACCACCGCCGCUCCAUCCCCGACUCCCACGAUGCAUUCCAAGACACGCUCUCUCGAUCCUCUCAAUCCCAGGAAAUCGAAGUCCAGAAUCCUCUUCUCGGCGAUCGGGCCUGGUUCCAUCCAUAUGAUCCGUCCAGCCCGCCCAUCUUCAUCGGCGAGGCAGCCUGUACGGCAUUCGCCACUCGCCUGCGCCAGUUUCUCACGGGCGAUCCGGAUACGGUGCAUGUGCCGCGGACGCAGUAUACGCCGGAGUCAGCGUUGAAUGAUGGCCGCAUUUCAUGGCCGAGUCUGUCGCAGGCGAGACUGCUGGUCCGGAUGGCGUUUAACCAGAUCAGUCGGGUGUAUCAUCUGGUGUUGCAGCGGGCGACGCUAGACGAGCUGGACGAGGUGUAUAGGACGUCUAAUUUUGAUGAUUCUGCGCUGACGUGUAAAUACUUUGCGCUCUUUGCGUUGGGCGAGGUUUAUUCUGCUGCCAGAUCGGGUGAUCACGUCCCAGGGACGGCGUACUAUGUGCGAGCGAUGCAUUUGAUUCCGAUUCUCCCAGAACGACCGGGGAUGAUUCAUAUCGAGAGUUUACUCCUGCUGUCCCUCUUCUCCUACUUCCUCAACCGCCGCCACUCAGCCUACAUCCUCAUCGGCAACGCCAUGCGACUCGGCCUCACUCUCGGCCUCAACCACAACAUCCCAGUCCACCAAUACAUCGACCCGAUUCAGCGCCAACACCGCGUCCGAAUCUGGUGGGCUAUCUACAUCUUCGACCGCAUGUUCAGCUCGAAAAUCGGAUACGCGCCCCAGAUUUCAGACGAGGAAAUCCAUGUCGACAUGCCGGCUGACGUCGCCUAUGCCGGGGAGGACCAGUUAACGGAUACACCGUAUUUGAUUGCGAGUAUUAAUCUGGCCAAGAUAGCCGGGCAGAUUAUUGAAAAGGUGUAUAGUCGGAAGAGGCAGCGGGAGGGAUUUUUGCAGCGCGAGCAGAGGCUGUUGAUUGCGUUGCAGCGGUGGAUGCAGGAGUUGCCGGGGCAUGUGCGGUUGAGGGGGGAGGGGAGUGCGAAGCAUAUUGUUUCGUUGCAUUUGCAGUUUAAUCAGUGCCUCAUCCUCGCUACUCGCCCUGUGCUGCUGCACGCCCUCGUCCAACUCGGCAGAAAUAAACGAACACGACAAGACAUCCCCCAGGCAGUCGUAACACUCAGCGAAGCCUGCAUCCAUGCAGCCCGGCACUCACACACCCUCAUCGUCGACGAAUGGAUCUCCGGCUCGCUCCCCAUGUACGGCUACUUCUACGCGCACUAUCUCUUCUCCUCCGCCCUGGUCCUGGUGAUAUCCAGCCAACUCACUUCAAUCGGGGCCCAAACCGACAUUGAAAGUCUAGAAACCGCACUUGAAAUCCUGCGCAGAAUGAGCGAUUACGGGAAUCUAUCCGCGAUGGAAUUCUACGAGAACUUGGAACGGGUGCGGUUGGCGCUGCAGAAUGAGGGUGAGAAAGAGAAUGUUGCUCUUCCUGUUGUGUCCGAGGCGAAUAUCCCGCCUAUGCCCGUUGGAGAUGCUGGAUACACGACGGAAAUGGCAUUCUUGGAGCCGACGAUGCAGGAUUUCCUGACGCAGGAUGAUAUGGAGUUGCUCAAUCCGGGGGAAAUGGCGAUUGGGGAGGGUUUAGAUGGAUGGCCUGUUUUGUGGACUUCUUAA